AUGUCAAACUCAAUCAAAUCAAACACAGUCAGUCAAUUCGGUGAUUGGCCAGCUAAGAAAGUUAGAAAAACAUUUAUAAAUUAUUUUCAAGAAAAAUAUCAGCAUCAAUUCGUACCUUCUUCAAGUGUUUGUCCAUUAGAUGAUCCUACACUUUUAUUUACCAAUGCAGGAAUGAAUCAAUAUAAAUCGAUUUUCUUAGGAACCAUUGAUCCAUCUAAUCCAUUAUCGAAGAUCAAAAGAGCUGUGAACAGUCAAAAAUGUAUAAGAGCAGGAGGAAAACAUAAUGAUUUAGAUGAUGUAGGUAAAGAUACAUAUCAUCAUACGUUUUUUGAAAUGUUAGGGAAUUGGUCCUUUGGUGAUUAUUUCAAGGAAGAUGGAUUAAAGAUGGCAUGGGAACUUUUAACUGAACUUUAUGGAUUACCUAAAGAUCGAUUAUAUGUCACUUAUUUUGAAGGGGAUGAGAAACAAGGACUUGAGCCGGAUUUGGAAUCUAAACGGAUUUGGUUAGAACUUGGUGUACAGGAAGAUCAUAUCUUACCUGGGAAUGCUAAAGAUAACUUUUGGGAGAUGGGGGCUACUGGACCUUGUGGACCUUGUUCUGAAAUUCAUUAUGAUAGAGUAGGAGGUAGAAAUGCAGGAAGUUUAGUCAAUCAAGAUGAUCCAUUAGUGAUUGAGAUCUGGAAUAAUGUCUUUAUAGAAUACAAUCGAGAAUCAGAUGGAAGUUUAAAAGAAUUACCAUCAAAACAUGUAGAUACUGGAAUGGGAUUCGAAAGAUUAGUUUCAAUCUUACAAGAUAAAAAAUCUAAUUAUGAUACAGAUAUCUUUAGACCGAUCUUUGAGAAAAUUCAACAACUCACGGGUGCAAGACCAUAUGAAGGAAAACUUGGAAUUGAAGAUCAAGAUGGGAUUGAUACGGCUUAUAGAGUUGUAGCUGAUCAUAUUAGAACUUUAACCUUUGCGAUUAGUGAUGGAGGUGUACCUAAUAAUGUGGGACGUGGUUAUGUAUUAAGAAGGAUCUUAAGAAGAGGUGCAAGGUAUAUAAGAAAAAAAUUCAAUGUACCGAUUGGAACGUUUUUUUCAAAGUUGAUGCCAACUUUAAUUGAACAGAUGGGAGAUGAAUUUCCAGAAAUCGAAAAAAGAAGAUUAGAAGUGAUUGAGAUUUUAAAUGAAGAAGAAGAUUCCUUUAGUUUAACAUUAGAUAGAGGUGAAAAGAUAUUUGAAAAGUAUUGUAAUCGAGUUAAGAAGAAUAAUGGAAAAGUUUUAGAUGGAAAAGAAGUUUGGAAACUUUAUGAUACGUUUGGAUUUCCGAUUGAUUUAACUCUUUUGAUGGCAGAAGAAGCUGGAAUUGGAAUUGAUCAAGAUGGAUUUGAAAUCGCUCAAUCUGAAUCAAAAGAACUUUCAAAAGGUGGUAAAAAGAAAAUCGUAGGAGCUGGAGUCGAAUUAGAUGUACAUUCGAUUGCUGUUCUAGAAUCUAAUUCAUCUGUACCCAAGACAGAUGAUUCAAGUAAAUUUAGUCUUACAACCAUUAAUGCUACAGUCAAAGCCAUCUUUCAAGCUGGAGAAUUUUAUUCAUCAAGUAAAGAAUUAAAAUCCGGUGAACCAUUUGGAGUGAUCUUAGACAAAACUAAUUUUUAUGCAGAACAAGGAGGACAAGAAAAUGAUACAGGUACCUUGAUUAUUGAGGGAGAAAUGAUCUUUGAUGUAGAAGAUGUACAAGUGUUUAAUGGUUAUGUAUUACAUAUUGGAAAUUUAUCAGAAGGAGAAAUUAAAAAGGAAGAUUUAGUUCAAUCAAGUUUUGAUGAAUUAAGACGAAAACCCAUCAAAAACAAUCAUACAGGUACUCAUAUUUUAAAUUAUGCAUUAAGAGAAACGUUAGGAGAUCAUAUUGAUCAAAAAGGUUCAUUAGUCAGUUCAAAUAAGUUUAGAUUUGAUUUUUCACAUAAACAACAAGUGAAGGCUUCAGAAUUAGAACAGAUUGAAAAGAUUUGUAAUGAUUGGAUCUUGAAGAAUCAUUCGGUUUAUUCUAAAGAAAUGAAAUUAAGUGAAGCUGAAAAGAUUCCAGGUUUGAGAGCCGUCUUUGGUGAAAGGUAUCCUGAUCCAGUUAGAGUGGUGGUCAUUGGACCUGAACCGAUCGAACUUGAUGCGGAUCAAUUAAAUGAAUCGAAAUGGUUAAAUUAUAGUGUAGAAUUCUGUGGUGGAACACAUGUUAAGAAAACUAAUGAGAUUAAAGAAUUGAUUUUAGUUGAAGAAUCUGGGAUUGCAAAAGGAAUCAGAAGGAUUGUUGCUGUUACAGGUGAAGAAGCUAAAACGGUGAUCGAAUUAGCUAAUGAAUUAAACUUGAAAUUAGAUAAGAUUAUUGAAUUACCUAUUAAAGAAAGAGAACAAGGAUUAAAAGGAUUUUCGGUGGAAUUAGCUGGAAUUGAAAUUUCGGUAAUUGAAAAAUCAAAAAUUAAAGAAAAGUUUGGAGUCGUACAAAGAGAAUUGAUCGAAUUAGGUAAACUUCAAACCAAAGCAGAUGAAAAGAAAGCAACUCAACUUGUUAAAGAUUGGAUCGAAGUUCAUCCUAAUGAAAGAGUUAUGAUUGAUGUAUUAGAUGUUGGAUCGAAUACAAAAUGCUUGAUGUCUGCAUGUGGAAUUUUGAAAAAUGAAGGUAAAGCAGGAUACUUGUUUAGUAUUAACAAAUCAGAUGGAAAGAUUGUACAUGUGAAUUCAUUGACUAAAGAAAUGGUACAAGAUGAUUGGAAUGCGAAGAUUUGGAUGGAUGAGAUUAUUAAAGUUUUAGGUGGAAAGGGAGGUGGAAAAGGUGAUACUGCUCAAGGUGUUGGUGAUCAAAUUAAUAAAGUGAAUGAAGCUAUUGAAAUAGCUAAAAAAUCGUUUUUGAAUAAAUUUAAUUCUUUAUAAACUAAUUGAGAUAGAGCCAGAGAUAGAGAGAGUAUGUGUGUUUAUGUUUUUGUUUUUGAAAAGUUUCUUUAAUAACACAAGAUCUCUCUUACUUUGGUUUACUAUUUUUUUGAUUUUUUUUCUUUUUGGUAGUUCAAUUUAAUUUUUGAAUAAUUGUCAACCAAAAAAACUCCUCUGUUUAACAAUUUUUGAUCAAUUAGACUCUUGAAGUUUUC